UAAGCAUCAACACCUGAGCGGAGCGGCAGCGCAUUCAAAUUUCACCCAAACACUCCUCGGUGGCGGCGUCGUCGUCGAGAGCUGAAAGCGAGAAAGUGGAGAAGCAAACAGAAGAAAAAUCUCGCUCUAGCUAGCCAGCAUAAGUGGUAAAUAAACAGAGAUUGAGUCGAACAUAAAAAAAAAGCUGACCAAACCAGAAAAGAAGGAGGCACUAAAAGAAUCCCCAGUUUGAAUUAAAACUCUUCUCUUAUUUUUGUUUUGUAUGUUUUUUUUCCCUGCGUUACACGAUGAGUUUUUUUAAAGUUACUUAAGCAGCCCGCGGCGUGGCAAUAGUCGCAGUUGUAUUGCGCCUGCGCAUCUAUUCAGACAGUUACUAGAGAUUAAAGAGCUACUAAACAAUACGCGUUAAUUGUAAGCAUUCCACCAAGCAAAUAUGAAGUUUAACAAAAUCAGUUUUAUUUCCGUGCUCAUUGUGCUACUCGCUAUUUCGGCUGCUAACGCGAAGAGGCAUAAGAAACACAGAUCAUCCGCAUCCUCCAAUUCGCCAUCGAGUAAAACUAAAACCAAAACUAAGUGGUCCUCUUCAUCCGACCUGGGCCGCAGUGGUGGACAGCUCGCCACCGAGGAACACGGCUACUACGUCAAGCGCACCUUCUUGCCGCUCAACGACUCCGCCGCCAGUUACCCAAUCUCAACGCUGCGCAGUCCGCCCUACUUGGGCAUACCCAUUGCUUGGUAUGCUUGCGAAGGUGAGGCCUGCACGAAGGCAAACACAGCCGCCAUUAGUGGAAGCGCUAUCGCAUUACAGGAUGGCUUUCUCUGCGAUGACGAUUGCGUAGAGCCGUACGAUCCAAUCUGCGGUAAAACGCCUAGCGAGUUGGCAGUUUUCUAUAACAAAUGUAAAUUGAAUGUGGCUAAGUGUCGCACACAUGGCCUCUGGUUGGAUGUGCCAUUCGAAGAAUGCAAGCAAACGAACCCUAAAGAAGUGGCAUACGCGGCGCGCAAAUUCAAAAGAUCACCAUUCUUUAGGGAGAUAAAGACGGUCAAUGAAAAAGUGAAGAAGCCAGAAGAUGGAAAAAGUAAGGAAGAUGACUCUUCGGAGGAAGACGCAAUGUUGGAUGUUGCAUUACAGACAUUAGACAAGAUUGGCGAUCAGAUAGCGGAAGCUGAAGCCGAGGCGUUGGAUGAGGCAUCGACGGCUGCACCAGUUAAAAGUGAAGUGAAUUCUCCCAUUGCUACGAAACCAGUUCAGGCGGCGGAAGACGUGUACGUUGGCAAGCCUGAAGAUGAGGGCAAUCCCAUUGCUACGCCAGCAAAGGAAAUUAGCGCAGCCGACAAGCUCGUGAAGGCUCACGAUGCUACAAAGGCGGAGGAGAAUAGUGUGCUCAAACCAGUUGAGAGUAAUCAGUCGAAGCCAGCUGGUGGUUCUAUUUUCCAGCAAGUUAGGAGUCACACGCACAGACUGGCUGUUAAGAAGUAAUUGCACGUAGGCAUAGUUAGGUGAUACAUACAUAUUUUUAAACAAUACAUAUACUUCUUUUAACGGGCUGAUAUAUUAGAAAAUAAAUAUUUAUCCUUUUAAAAUGGUUGGUGUUUUAAU